AUGAUGAUGAAGUGGCUCCCCAUUGUUGUCAUAGUAUUACUCUUUGUUUCUCCACGUGCAACCUCACGUGACAUUCCAAAUACCCCACUUGACCAAACAGUUCUGCAUGCAAAUGCGCCGGUAAAAGCUGAGUCACCGAGUGAUAGUAAUGGACUCGGUGAUAAGAAGAAUUUCAUUUACGGUGGAGUUGGUGGCUUUGCCGGGAUGGGUGGUUACGCUGGUGUGAACGGCGUGCUGCCAACGCUUGGUGGUUCCGGCUCAUUUAAUAAAUUUGGAGGGAUUGGUGGCGCUGGCGGAAUAGGUGGUGUUGCCGGAAUAGGUGGUCUGCCUGGCACUACGGGUGGUCUGCCUGGCGGGCUUGGUGGAGGUUUUCCGACCAUGGGUGGCGUUGCCGAUGCUCCUCCCGGCGGUGGCAUUUUGCAUCCUUAA